CCGCCGGCCAUGGAGAAGACGGAGGUCGCGGCGGUGGCGGCGCCUGGCCCCGAAAGGCUAGAUUCCGAUGGAAACGCACGGAAGCGGGCAGAGAGUAGCGACCGAGACCGCGACGAGGCCGACAGCGAUCUCAUCAGCAAGCUCCCCGCCGACAUGCUCGCCGUCAUCAUCUCCCUCCUCCCCACCAAGGACGCCGGCCGCACGCAGGUACUGUCCCGCCGGUGGCGCCCCCUGUGGCGCGCCGUGCCUCUCAACCUCGACGCCCGCGCCAAACUCCCCGGAAGUCCAGCACACGCCCACACCGUCCCCGUUUCCGCCGUCUCCACGAUCAUCUCGCAACAUCCUGGCCCCGCCCGGCGGUUCUCGUUCACCGGCUUCCACGCCGGCGACUUCGACGCCGAGAUGGAGAGCUGGUUCCGCUCCCGCGCGCUCGACAAACUCGAGGAGCUCCAUCUGUGCUGCCACACUAGCAUCGAUUCAUCAUCUGGGCUGCCUGAACACAGCCAACGUCUGCCGCUAUCCGCGCUCCGCUCUGCCUCCACCCUCCUCGUUACCAGGAUCACCGGUUGCUCUUUUCCUACCGAUAUGCCGUCCAUGAAUUUCCCUGUCCUCGCGCAGCUCACUUUGCUCUACGUUUUAAUCCCUGGGGACGUCUUCCACGGCUUGCUCUCUAGCUGCCAUGCCUUGGAGAGCUUGUACAUAUCCGGAGUUUCUGCUACUGCUGGUCGCCUCCUUGUUACCUCGCCGACUCUAAGGAGCAUUGCCUUCCAUCAUUGGCCUAGUGCAAAAGCUGCCCAACUGGUCAUCGAGGAUGCUCCUCACCUUGUAAGGUUACUAAUACCUUACGAUUCCCAAUAUGCUUGUGUGACUAUCCGGGUAAUCAGCGCACCUAAGCUCGAGAUAUUGGGCCCUUUUUUUCCCGUCCUCUCCAACCUCAUCGUCUCACAGGGAAUAAGCCCAGUCAGCUCCGCAAACUGGACCCGCAGUGUGAAGGUUUUGGCUCUCAGGUCUUCUGGCUUUGCAUUGCACGCAGUUCUUAAUAUCCUCAGGUGGUUCCCCUCUUUGGAAAAGCUAUAUGUCAUUUUUCGACCACACAAAUACAUUGAGAUGGAUAAGGAGGAUGACCCUCUGUAUGACCCACUACAUCCAAUCGAAUGCCUUCAGGCCCAUUUGAAACUUGUGGUAUUCAAGUCAUUUGUAGGCAAUGAGAAGCAGGUUAACUUUGCCAGGUUCUUUGUUUUGAACGCAAAAGUGGUAAACCGAAUUGAAUUUGAACUCUUCAAGUACAAGAGUGAAUCGGUGGCUUAUCAGCACCAGCUGCUACAAGUGGAAAAAAGAGCUUCUCGGGGUGCUGAAAUUCAAUUUAGGAAUCAACCAGCUUGUAGUGAUCUCGAUGCCAGCAAGCAUAUCCAUGAUUUGUCAGUGGCCGACCCCUUCAGAAAUUGUCAAAAUUGGGUUCAUGCCUGAAGAUUGCACUGUCUUGUGCUCAUUUUGUAGACGCGGUUGAUAUAUGAAGGUAGCAUUAUCUAUUGCCUAUGCCUGAUUUCUUUCUGGUCUGGAGUUCCAAUGUAAUUUGAGUAACUUAUGAAGUCACCCGGGUUAAUAUCGCACAAGAUGCUUUUUAGAUGCAAAAUGAGUUGGCUGGAAAGUUCUAAUGGUGGGGAAUGCAAAGAAGUUAUGGACAAAAUGUUGUAGCUGGGAGGGAAUUGGCUAAACCCAGCUGGUAUGAAUCGCUUCCUGAUGCUAUUACCGCGACAGGAGAAAGUUUGAUUGCCUUAUCCUGACUGAACUGUGGAAAACAAGAAAGAAAACACAGCAGCCAUCCAAUUGAUCCUGAACUAAGUAUUUGAGCUUAGUUCCUUUGAUUUAUGUUAUACAAGCCGUGAGGCAAACAUUGCUAAACAGUGUUCCAGCAGGAUGUGCCUGGAGUACCCGGGUGCUGGUGUUCUUAUCUCCGUGUAUUCAUGAUAACUCUUGUAAUGUUUUCUUAAGUAAUGUUGCUACCAAAACACAUGUUUCUAUUGAGAAUUGUAUCGCCUUUUCUAAUAUAUAUAUAUAUAUACAAAAGCACAAAAGCUUUUAUUUGAUGUUC